UGAAUUCUUUGCAGAAGUUAAGAAAUACCAUCAGACUCCCUACUGAGAGUGUAAACCUGCACGUUACAUUUGUUUACAUUUUAAAAGCCUCAGUAGAUUGGUAUUUAAACCCAGCCUCUGAGGAAGUGGUGAGAUACUUGCCUGGGUGUACUUAAAUUUUGCAUGCACAGGAAAUUAACGUGGUCUUUCAGGAGAGACAUGCCAAAGAAAAUUUUGUCUGAGAUGCAUCACAGCUUCACAGUGAUGAAAUGGGGACUGACACAACAGAUGUUUCUCUACGUUAUGGUCUCAGGUACCCUCUCUCAGGUCACAGUCCACCAGUCUUCUGUGCUUACCGCUGCUCUGGGUCGUGAUGUUACACUGCCAUGUCAUCUAAGUCUUUCCAACAAAGUGAAAAUGGUGACCCCAGCGGUUCUGUAUUGGUACUUCACACAGGACGGCAAUGACAAUCGCAGACUGUGGUUCCCCAGUGAUGAAUAUAUGGGACGUGUCAACCUUCUGGAAACCAGUCCAAACACUUUAAACAAGUCCAUACGUCUCAAGAAUGUCCAGUGGGCUGACAGUGGGAAGUACCAGUGUAAAGUCUCUGUCACAACAGAGAAGGAUGACCGUUUCAGGAGGACAGGAAAUGAAACUUUACUGUUGGUUUAUGAAACCAUGAUGUUUAACCUCACCAGUCACAAUGACUCUCUGCUCUCGUGUGAAGUAAACGUGACCCGGGAUGCCGGACUUCUUUUGUCCAUUUCUCACAAUGGCUGCAAACUCCAACCUGUUGACUCUGCUCCAGGAGAUGCUGGUGCUGCUCUGCCCUUCACCACACUCUCUGAGACCGUUUCUCUGAGGAGCAAAGGAGAAUAUGAGUGUCAGCUGCAGCUGAACAAAGAUCUGAUAACAAAAAGCAUCUUCCUGUACCAUCCUCCUGUGGCUAGAGAUGGUGAAGGUGGUGAAAAAAAUGUUUCACGAAUGUGUCCAUCAACUGUCCCCGAGCCAGGUGUGGUGGCGUUUCCAGAGCCGUGGCUCCUGUAUAUGGCUGUCCUCCUGGUGCCAUUUACCACCCUGCUGAUACUCAUAAGUGUCCUGCUGAUGUAUAGAUGCUGAGUUUUUCAACAAAUGAUUGAAACGGUGGCUCAGCAAUGGAGAUCCAGGCUGUCAGGCUGAGGCAUUUUAGAGGUCCAGAUUAAAGGGGAUAUAUUGGCAUAAAUGGGAUAAAAUAUAAGAAGUAUAUUUACUUUGGUGUAUGAUCACCUGAAAAUAAAAAUUGUUGUGUUUUUGUUAGCUUAAAACGAGCCAUUUAUAUCUGCAUAGGUAGCCUCCUCGUCUACGGUGA